GGUCGAGGUGUCCUGUCCCCUCUUGCCCACUUGACUUUGACUUCCUACAUGGAAAGAAAUCUGGAUGUUAUGCUAUGCUGUUGGAUGCUAUUGCGUAAGAGCCGGUCCGAGAUCCAAGUAUCCAAUUCCUGUCCUCCUGCCCCGUCCGCCUACAUAGUCCCUGCCGCCCCUGCCCAAGACACAUCUUGCCCAUCUCUUUACAUACCUGCUUCCUCACGAACCAGCACUCUCGUAUAAGCCUUACUCUCUCAUCAUACCGUGACCUUACACACAAUGCCCCUUGAUACCACAUCCCUUCACACCUCCCGGGCCGCGGAGUUCACUCGCUUUCCUAGUAGGAGAAGCGUUGUUCACAGCUCCAAGGGUAUCGUGUCAUGCACCCAACCACUCGCCGCUCAAUGUGGUCUUCAGAUUCUUCAAGCCGGUGGCAAUGCUGCUGACGCUGCCGUCGCUGUCGCCGCGGGUCUGAACGUGACAGAGCCAUGUUCAACAGGCAUCGGAGGCGAUAUGUUCAUCUUGUACUACGACGCGAAGACGGGGAAAGUAUCUGCCAUGAACGGUUCGGGGCGUUCUGGCGCCAAGUGCACGCUUGAGACCAUCCGGAACGACCUUGGGCUGAGCGACGGUGCUGCUGGUAAAAUUCCCUUCUCUAGCGUUCACGCCGUAACUGUCCCUGGGGCCGCAGCCGGUUGGUGCGACACCGUCGAUCGCCUUGGCAGCAAGGCGCUCUCCCUGGAACAGAUCCUCGCGCCGGCCAUUGACCUCGCCGAGAAAGGCUUCCCCGUUUCGGAGCUUACCGGGACCUACUGGAACGAAGCCGAGCAACUUGUCCGCGACGCUUCGCCCAACUUUGCUGAAAUGCUUAAGAAGGACCCCGCGGCCAAAGACGGCGUACGGGCGCCCAAGCCAGGCGAGAUCAUGAAGAACCCCACCUUGGCGCAAACUUUCCGCACCUUGACUUCCGAGGGCAAGGCCGGGUUUUACAAGGGCCGCAUCGCCGAGGAGCUCGUCAAGGUGUGUAAGGAUCUCGGCGGCCAUCUCGAGCUCGACGAUCUGGCCCACCACCUUGAGACGGGCAGUGAGCCGGUGGAUCCCAUCUCCCUCAAGCUGGACGCCGGCAUCUUCGCCGACGAGGGAGUCGAGCUUUGGGAGCACCCCCCUAACGGACAGGGCAUCGUGGCCCUUAUGGCGCUCGGCAUCCUCAAAGAGCUACGGGCCCAGGGCAGGAUCCCGCAGUGGGGCCCCGACGAUCACAACACGGCCCCUUACCUGCACGCCAUCAUCGAGGCCCUGCGCCUCGGCUUUACCGACGCCCGCUGGUACGUCACUGACCCCAACGUCGAGUCCGUGCCGGCCGCCGGUCUCACCUCCCGCGAGUACCUCGCCGAGCGCGCCAAACUCUUUGACCCGGCGCGCACUGCCGCGCAUCUCGAGCACGGCCGGCCAUCCUUCAGCCCCCCGGCCCUGCAAAGCAGCGAUACGGUCUACUUCGCCGUUUCGGAUGCCGAGGGCAACGCCGCCUCCUUCAUCAACAGCAACUACGGAGGCUUCGGUACCUGCAUUAUCCCAAAGGGCUGUGGCUUCACCCUGCAGAACCGCGGCGCCAACUUCAGUCUCGACCCGGCGCACCCCAACCGGCUCGCGCCACGCAAGCGUCCCUACCACACCAUCAUCCCUGGUAUGGUGACCAACCUACCGGACGGCUCGUUGCACAGCGCCUUCGGCGUCAUGGGCGGCUUCAUGCAGCCCCAGGGCCACGUCCAGGUCCUCCUCGGCCAGUUGAUCGCCGGCCUGACCCCACAACAGACCCUCGACGCGCCGCGUAUAUGCAUCGACUUUGACUGGACCGUCAACGUCGAAGAGGGCAUGCCCGAGGCCACUGUCGAAGGUCUGCGGGCCUUGGGACACAAAGUCAAAGUCGUUACCGGCGCGGACCGAGGUCUGUUCGGUCGCGGCCAGGUCAUCCGAUAUACGGUUGAUCCCGUGGAGAAGACGGGUGUCUGGUCGGCGGGGAGCGAUAUGCGUGGCGAUGGGGCCGCCUAUCCUUUGUUGUAAAAAAUGGGAUAGAAAAUUCCGGGAAAAUUCCCGAGUGAUUAAUAAUGUAUAGAUUGGCAUGUUUUCGAGACCGUCGAAACGCGUUGCCGAGGGUUUGUAAUGUGGUUUUUCGUGACACGAUAUCGUACAUGUAUGGGGGGGUUUUUUCUUUUUCUUUUUUUCUGCAGAAAUCUCCGACUGGCAGUCCGUCUAUGAGCGGAGAGCGUUCGGACCAAACGUCCCCAUGUAUCCUCUUCUUCUACUCCUGCUUGCCACCGUCGCCCUCGGCGAGAACUUUCUUUUCCUCCAACAACUUGGCCAGUUCUCCAUUCUGGUGCAUCGAGACGAGAAUGUCG